UUAACGCACGACAAGCCUUCCUGACGCACUGAACGGAUUCGUCCGCGAACGAUACAUCACCAUCAAGUAAUCGAUGCGUCAGGCCUGCUCUCCGGCAUCAUAAUCGAUUGCUGUGGUCUGGCGUCACAUGUCUUGUUUUGGGAAAGAUGGCUGAAGAAGCCAAAGAGUCGGACGCGACAGCUGCCGAGUGCGACAAGAGCGAGCAAGCGGUACAGGUACUGGAAGGCGUACAGGAAAGCAAAAGCGCCAGCGAUGAAGAAGAAGAAGAAGAUGGAGUCAAAGACAAGCAGUCGCCCAACAGCAACUGGUCGGCGCCCAUAUUGUCGCUGGCCCGGAAAGCUUCAGAGACUCUGAGCAGCGGGGUCAGCUACGGGACCGCUUUGAGAAACGCCACUUCGGUCUCCGUGGGCUUACCGACCAAGCACUCUCCCGAGGAUGAUGACGGAACCGCCGGCAAGCUUCCAGGCAGGGGCGCCCGCAGGAUGUAUGUCCAAGAAUCCUCGGCGAAGGACUCGAUGGCGGUGGAGCGGUCCAACCUGCUGAGCAUGAUGAAGCUGAGCGUGAAGGUUCUGAUCCAGGCCUCCCUCGCCCUGGGCCGCUCCCUGGACUCGGACUACCCGCCCCUGCAGCAGUUCUUUGUGGUUCUGGAGCACUGUCUGAAGCACGGGCUCAGAGGUAAGAAGUCCUUCAUCGGUCAGAGUAAGUCCAUCUGGGGCCCUCUGGAGCUGGUGGAGAAGCUGUGCCCUGAGUCCUCCGACAUCGCCAUCAGCGCCCGGGACCUCCCGGGAAUCAAGACCGGGUUGGGGAGGGGCCGGGCGUGGCUGCACUUGGCCCUCAUGCAGAAGAAGGUGGCCGACUACCUGAAGGCUCUCCUGGACCGCCGGGACCUGCUGAGUGAGUUCUAUGAGGGUGGGGCUCUGGUGAUGGAGGAGGAGGGCUCUGUGAUCGUGGGGAUGCUCGUGGGGCUCAACGUCAUCGACGCCAACCUGUGUGUGAAAGGGGAGGACCUGGACUCCCAAGUGGGCGUCAUCGACUUCUCCCUGUACCUGAAGGACCCUCAGAGCAGCGACAGCCAGAAGGACGAUGGGAAGAUGACCGCCAUUCUGGAUCAGAAGCACUACAUCGAGGAGCUGAACCGACACCUGAGCUGCACAGUCACAGACCUGCAGGCUAAGAUGGACUCCCUGGAGAAGACAAACUCCAAACUCAUCGAGGAGCUGACUGCAGCGACAGACCGGAUUAACGCUCUGCGGGAGGAGCAGGACCAGCUCAGACACGAGAACACGAGCAUCCUACAGUGCAGCAGGAAGAAGGAGGAGGUCUCUCGGCAGGACAGCCAGGUGGAGUUGGAGACGUACCGGCAGUCCCGCCAGGGCCUGGAUGAGAUGUACACCGAGGUGUGGAAGCAGUACAAGGAGGAGAAGCACAUCCGGCAGGAGCUGGAGAGGGAGCUGGAGCUGCAGGUGGGGCUGAAGCAGGAGAUGGAGGUGGCCAUGAAGCUGCUGGAGAAGGACACUCACGAGAAGCAGGACACGCUGGCCGCCCUCCGCAUGCAGCUGGACCAGGUCAAGACCCUCAACCUGCAGAUGUUCCACAAAGCGCAGGACACGAGCCGCAUCGUGCAGAAGAAGGAGGAGGAAGCUGCUCACCUGGAGGAGAAGAUCAACCAGAUGUCCGGGACCAUGAAGGACCUGGAGGACAGGAUGGAGAGCUCGGAGCGUACGCGCAGACAGGCGCUGGCCCAGGAGCAGCAGGCCCACAAGGAGCUGGAGGGGAGAGUGGAGGCCCUGCAGAGACAACUGAGCGAGCUGGACACUCUCAGGCUGGGCCUGGAGGCGGAGCUGCACGGUGAGAAGCAGCAGAGGCAGGGCCUGCAGAGGGAGCUGCAGCGCGAGCAGGACAACAGCGCAGAGCUGCGCACACAGCUGCAGCAGCUGCAGGGCCUGCAGAAGGAGCUGCAGACUCUCAGUCAGGAGAAGAAGCAGCUGCAGACCACGUGUGAGGAGCAGGAGCAGGCCCUGCAGGAGAUGGGGCUUCACCUCAGCCAGUCCAAGCUCAAAAUGGAGGACUUCAAGGAGGUCAACAAAGCUCUGAAGGGCCACGCCUGGCUGAAGGACGAUGAGGCGACUCAGUGUAAGAAGUGCCAGAAGGAGUUCUCCAUUUCCCGGAGGAAGCACCACUGCCGGAACUGCGGGGACAUCUACUGCAGUCACUGCUCCAGCAACGAGCUGGCCCUGCCCUCGUACCCCCGCCCCGUCCGCGUCUGCGACAUCUGCCACUCAAUGCUGCUGCAGAGGAGCUCCUCCACCACCUCCUGACCUCACACACACACACACACACACACACACACUCACACACACACACUCACACACACACACUCACACACACACACACUCACACACUCA